AUGGGGUGCAUCCAGUCCACGCCGAAGCGGAGGCAGCACCCUGCCGGCUACGAGGACCCCGUCCACCUCGCCUCCCAGACCGCCUUCAGCGUCAGCGAAGUUGAGGCUUUGUUCGAGCUGUUCAAGAGCAUUAGUGGCUCAGUGAUCGAUGACGGGCUGAUCAACAAGGAAGAGUUCCAGCUUGCAUUGUUCAAAAACACAAGGAAGGAAAAUCUUUUCGCUAAUCGGAUAUUCGACCUGUUCGAUGUCAAGAAAAGGGGUGUCAUUGAUUUUGGCGACUUUGUUCGAGCUUUAAAUGUAUUCCAUCCAAAUUUUCCAGUGGAAGAGAAAAUUGAUUUUUCCUUCAAGCUAUAUGAUAUGGAUGGUACAGGCUUUAUUGAACGGAAGGAGGUAAAGCAGAUGUUGAUUGCUCUUCUAGGCGAAUCAGAGAUGAGAUUAUCUGACGAGAUUGUUGAGACAAUCCUGGACAAGACCUUUUCAGAUGCUGAUACGAAUCAGGAUGGUAAAAUAGACAGAACAGAAUGGGAGAAUUUUGUGUCCAGGAAUCCUUCCUUGUUGAAGAUAAUGACUCUUUCGUACCUCAAGGACAUAACGACCACGUUUCCCAGCUUUGUGUUUCACUCGGAGGUUGAUGAUAUCGUUACAUGA